UUAUUGGCAUUAGCAACUAAUAUUAAUAAAUGAAUGCUGUUAGUAGAUUACUUUUAAAGAAGAUUUAGAUCUAGAUUAUAUAUAAUUAAAUCAGCAGAGUAGAUUGAUCAUAUGUCAUAUAGAUUCUAGAUCUACUGUAGACUAAAAAAAUAGUUAUCUAUAUUUAUAUUCUAUAACUACGACUAUCAAAGACGCAACUCGACGCAAGUUAGCUACAUUUUAUAAAUUAAAGUAGUAUACGAUCUUAUAAGUAUAAGACAUAAUAAGAUCUAGAUACUGGUCGUACUAUAUGCCUACUAUAGUAAAAGUAAAAUAUACAUUUAGAAAUAAAAUCUAGAUUCUGCUAGACUAGGAUCAUCUAUUCUAAAUCUACUGGUCUAGAGUCUAUUCUAUAUAUAGAUUAAACUUAGUCUUAUACUAAGACAAAGGUCUAGAAUAGACCAGUAAAUAUAAUAAUAGACAUGCAAUCAAAGAGAACUUCAACAAAUCCUUCAGGCAGCUCUAGAUCUAAUUCUACAACAAAUAAGUCAGUUAAAACUAUUCAAUCUAAUCAUUCUACAAACUUGUCUAAAAAUGCAACUCCAGCAUCCAAAAAUGCAGCUGCAGCUAAAGUGUGCUCACCUACAAAACAACAGCAAGCAAAAAAUACAAAAGUUAUAAGUCCCAGCAAAGCAAGUUCAAAAACAGAAAUAGCACAUUUUAUUGCAAGCAAAGAAAAUAAUUCACAAAAACAAAAAACAAAAGAGACUGUUGCAAAACCAACAGAAAAAGAUCUAGCCGCUAUAAAAAUACAAACCACAGUUAGACGAUUUUUGGGCAAAAAAACAUUAGAGAAAAGGAGGAAAGAAAAACAAGAAUAUGAACAAAAAAUGGAGGAGCUUGAUAAACAGGCAUUUUUGUACUUGUGUAGACUGGAGCAAGAAAAAGCAGAAAAACAACAAGCAAAGGAGCAAGAGGAAAAAAGGAGAAAGCAAGAGGAAACUAAAAGAAAGAAACGAUUUCUGGAGGCAGCAUUUGAUGGAAAUGUUGUUAGCAUGAAACAGAUACUUAAAGAGGUUUCUGAUAUAGAUGAUAAAAAUGGUUUGGGCAAUGAUGUCAUUGGAAGAUCUUUGCGUACAAAACAUCUUAUGGCCAUCAUAGAGUGUACUGAUGCUAAUGAAAACACUGCGCUAUCAGAAGCUGCUAAUGGUGGACAUGCUGAAGCAAUCAAGCUCCUACUAGAAAACGGUGCUGAUCCCAACACUAUUGGUCAGUUUAGAAGAACUCCAUUGUACAGAGCAGCAUUUGCCGGUCACCUGGAGGCUACUUAUAUGUUACUUGAAAAUGGUGCAGAUCCUAGGAUCCUUGGUGGAGACAGUCAAAGCCCAGCAGAGGUUGCUUCAGUCCAAGCUGUGAAAGAAGUUUUGGAGAAUUGGAAAAUCGAAACAACAGAGACAUUACUGAAACAAAUAGAAACAGCUAAAGAGAAAAUAUUAAAUGAAGAUAAACAAAGAAGAGAAGCAGAAACAAUGAAAUUAGAGGAGUUUGUGAAUGAACUUGAGACAGAAUAUAAAGUCAAACAGAAAAAGUUGGAGUUUGCCUAUUGUGAACUUAACAAGAGGAUACAUGAGCAUGAUGUUUGCAUGUCUGAAGGAUUUGAUAAACCAGAGCUAACUGAAUCAGCAAUUCAUGAUCAAGAAUUUGAAGUAGAAAAUGCUAAACUUGAGCUUGAAUCAGCCAGAGAACAACUUGCCAAAGCCAGAUUAGCAUUAAGGGAAUCUUCUAAAACUGUGGAUGAGGAGACAGAGGAAGAACUGCCAGGACUUAAAGUAGUUAUCAAAGAGCUAGAUGAUGUAUUAUUUCGUGAUGUUGGAAAUAGAAUAAAGGAUUCAGGAAAGUGGCCAUGUGUGAUUGAUAUUAAUGGACAAGCUGGUACAUUUCUUCGCUACAGAGAUACCAACUAUGUUUGCUCUCUACGGCCAGCUGACAUGGAAGUAAAUAACAUCAGAUUAAGUCUGCUUGGCGCUAUCAGGUUUGGAAAGCCAUUUGUUUUAGACAUGAUGGAAGUGGACAUGUUUGAGACUUGUGUGGAUAUCUUUGAUAAAGUCAUGAAAGGUCUAAUGAACAGCAUCAUGGACAAAACUAUUGUCAAUGAAGACAAGUACAAAACGUUGAUUAAGUCAACAGACGGUCCUGAGUAUGAAUUGACCAAAUUCAAUGAAAUUCGUACCUCCAAGUUUAUGUUCAUCCUGCUGACCAAGAAUCCUACUCCUAGUGAGAAACUAAUGCAAUUGAUGUAUUUAAUCAGAGUUGUAGUGCCAAUAUAAACACUAUGUAAGUUAUCAAGAGUUGCAAUGCCAAUAUAAACACUGUGAUAUGAAUGCUAAAUUGUGCCUUGAGAAUUAAUUUAUGAUUUAUUAAUGAAACAAUAUUACUAAUAUUAUUUCAUCUUUCAUUUAUAUUAUUAAUUUGUAUUUGUAUUGAUAUUCUUCAUCUUCAUGUUUUGUAUUUGGCUGAUGUUAUUCUGUUUUGUUCAAAUAUAUUAAUUAACUGAUUAAGUUAGAGUUAAGAUGUAUAUUGCUCUUAGCUAUUAAUGACUUGAAUUGCAUAAUUAGACCAGUAGUGAACACUAGAGUUAAGAUUUAUAUUGCUCUUAGCUAUUAAUGACUUGAAUUACAUGAUGAAACCAGUAGUCAACACUUACACUCUUUUGUUAAAUUAUUUUUUUAUGAAACGUUUGAAGUUUAACUUAUGAUUUUUGUUUGUUUAUUUUUAAAUAAUUUAUUCAAUGUUUUCUAUGCAAGUCUGAUGAAUAUGUAACAUAAA